AUGGGUAUUCGCGUGCCGGAGGUGAUUCUUCGUGCUAAGCAAAUGAUUCAAUUGCGGUCUCCGUCUAAGCAGCGUCAAUUUUCAUCGAACAAUUAUAUAGUUGAUGUUCCAAAAGGCCACUUUGCAAUUUAUGUUGGAGAGGAAGAUCAGGAGAAGAAGAAGCGCUUCGUGGUUCCAAUACACUACUUGAAGCAUCCUCUAUUCCAAGACCUGCUUAGUAAAGCUGCGGAAGAGUUUGGGUUUGAUCAUCAAAUGGGAGGCAUCACGAUUCCAUGUGCUGAGGAGGACUUCAUCAAUCUCAUUUCUAGUUUAAAUAACUCGAGGAUCUAA